AGACCCAACAACCUACCGCAAAGAUGCCUAUGACUUGGGAUGCCGCAGCUGACGCAAAGUUGUUCACCGUUGUCAUGGCUGUCUAUGAUAUCAAGAUUAGCGGAGCCCAGAACGACAAGAUUGCCCAAAUGAUGGGAUCUGACUGCACUCCCAAGGCAAUCACACAUCGUCUCUCCAAGAUCCGUGCCCAGGGCGCUGGUGUGUCUCCUUCUUCCACCAUCGCAACCCCCAAAUCCCGCAAGGCCCAUGCGGCCAAGUUCUCUGGUACUCCUUCCAAGUCCUCCAAUGGCAAGGGCAAGGGUAAGGGCAAAGACCUCAACGGUCUCUCAGCCACCCACACCCGCACAACUCUCAUGGAAGACAACGGUGAAGAUGACGAAGAAGACUUCGCCACUCCCACCCACGCCCCCAAGAAGAGAAAGAUGGAACCCAAGCCGGAAGACGAGGCUGAGGAUCUCGGCGACGCCAUCGACUUUGAAGCUCUUCACAAGAAGGCAGCUAAGGGUAAGAGUGCUAAGAUCGAGGGAGGCCUCAUCGAUCUUACUGAACACCCUGGAGACGAGGACAAGGGAGUCAAGAUCAAGAAGGAGGCCGCUACCGACCUCUAUGGCUUCGCUGACCUCAACGAUGCUGAGAUCUAAAGUCGUGUCAACUAUCCGGCAGGAGCAAGGAAUCCCAAUGACGAUUGUUCCCAACUUUCGGGCGGAGAUCAUGAUGGGAAAGUGGCAGCGGGAAAUCAUGUACUUGUAGUGGAGCCCACAAAAGCAGAAGCAUCAUUCAGAAGGGAAAGCACGAUCAACAUGGGCGAGCGAGGAGACUGAAUGUACAAAAGCACAAACAUCGGAGAGACAAAAACAUGCAAACAUUUCAGACACAAUGACUUCUUCAAAAUCAAUUCGCUCGAACUCUACCUUGGUGAUAUGUGAAGCAGUAGUCCGAAC